AUGUCAAAUACUAGAAGUUGCCAUUCGUUAGAUGAUCUCCCACUAGAGAUUUUGAGUCGGAUAUUUGUAGUAUUUGGGGCAAAAUCUGCGAAAGACAUCGUCUCUGCAAGACUCUGUUCAAAGAAGAUGUAUGAAGCGAGGGGUGAUCCUCAAGUGUACAGAACAACAUGCAUUGACAUGUUUGAAGGAAUGGGUCCCAAAAUUCUGAAAGCUGAUUUAUAUAUACGCACAUGUGCAUUGCAUAAUAACAUUGAAGCCAUGUUCAGACAAGGAAUUAUAUGUGUAGUUUUAGUAAUUAUAUGUUUACAAUUAUUUGAUGCCUAUUUUCGUUGGGCAGUUCCGGAUGAUGGGGAGUACACAUGUGUUGUUGAUAGUGCCACAGAGUUGUUGCGGGUUGUUGAUGUUGUUCAUAGACUUACAUCGAAUAACAUCACAUUCCAAUGUGAAGACCCAUGUCAUUCUGUUAAAGGUGCAUUUGCAAUAGGCCAUGAAGAGGAUGAGGAUCAACAAAUAUAUUGCAUGUUGGCAUGUUACUUGUACAUCCCAUUGGAAGUAAAGGUUUUGGGGAUUUCACUUCAUGGGAUUGUUGGUAGUGUACGACAAUUUUCCGAUUAUCAAUUGAUGGAGAUCGAACCGGUAGUGUUAGCCGCACAUGACGGAGUCGGGAACGCACCUGAUUCUUCAUCGGAUUAUUCUGCUUCGACUGUUCCUAUUAAUAGCAAUAAUAUCUCGAGUAAUAGGUGCGAUGAUGAUAAUGACGAAGAGGAAGAUGUUUGUCGGAUCUGUCGGAACUCAAGAGACGUCGGCAAUCCUCUCAUAUAUCUUUGUGCUUGUAUCGGGAGUAUUAAGUUUGUUCACCAAGACUUCCUUCUCCAAUGGCUCAAUCACAACAACGCUCGAUAG